UGCCCUGCACGGAUCUGAGCCGCUCGCAUCCCCGGUGCUAAUGGCUCUGUGACAUCUCCCCGUUAAAGCCUCACCUAUCCCGGACACCUUCGUGGCUGUUUACCCGCAGAACUGUUCCCCACACCUGCUCGGGAAUGAGCUCCCUCCAUCCUUCCAGCAGACACCUGCCCUCCGCCUCUGUGCGCCCCGUGGCCCUGUGACUUCCCCCCGGGGUGUGGAGGUGCUGACCCCCCGGUCCAGUUCAGGGUUAAACCAUGGCCAAUGAACCGGUCCUCCUUAACGUGUACGACAUGUACUGGAUAAACGAGUACACUUCCAAUCUGGGUAUUGGAGUCUUCCACUCAGGCAUCGAGAUUUAUGGCAGAGAGUUUGCGUACGGGGGUCAUCCGUACCCUUUCAGCGGCAUCUUCGAAAUCAGCCCCGGGAACGCUGCGGAGCUCGGAGAGACGUUCAAAUUCAAGGAGGCCAUUGUUUUAGGCACCACCGACUUCAGAGAGGAGGACAUGGAUAAAAUCAUGGAGGAGCUCGGUAGAGAGUUCAAAGGGAACGCCUACCAUCUAAUGCACAAGAACUGCAACCACUUCUCCUCCUCGCUCUCUGAGCUGCUGUGUGGACGGGAAACCCCUCGCUGGGUGAACAGACUGGCGUACUUCAGCUCCUGCAUCCCCUUCCUGCAGAGCUGCCUGCCCAAGGAGUGGCUGACCCCGGCCGCCCUGCAGAGCCACAUCAGCCUCGGCCUCCACAGGGAGGACCAGAACGGGUCCAGCGACGAGGACCCCGCGUCCCCGUCUGGGGCGGGUGCCACCGGCUCGGGCUCCUCCCACAGCUGUCGCCACACGAGGGUGUGAACUGACUCCCCCCCGCCCCCAACACACAGACACACACACACACACACACACAGACACACACACUGACCUCUGGAUCUUCCUGCCACCACCGCUAGUGGCUCAAGUGGCAUUAGUCGGCUUGAACAACCACCUGACCUCAUACUGCUUGUCCUCUGAGUAAAGGGGCGGGAGAGGCAGAGUGUCCUCGUCAUGGAGGGAUCUGCUGCCUUCACAGACUUCAGAGCUAGAGCACAGAGACACUGCGACAACCGAGGGCAAACUCUGACCUGAGCUCUGAGCUCAAGAGACAUGGACAACAACCACUUGUAGAUCUGAAGUUUGUAGAACGUUAUUCUUGGUCUUUUUCCAUGAACUUUUAAACCUUUGUCAGCCUUGUUCCCUGCCCUGCCUUCAGAGAUGCUUUUGUAGAGUAACUAGAUGGACAGCUGAGGCGACUGCCUGUGACGUCAGCAGGAAACUGCUCACCUGCUCAGUCUCGACGAGUUCUCGUUCAAUAACCUCUAUGUGGCCUUCAGUUGAUAUCGCUGACUCGGCUUUCUCUGUGUGGAGCUUUACUUUGGCCAUUUAGACGGUUAGCGGGUAACAGACGAUUGGACCAUCCCUUGAGUUCAAUUGUUGCAUGUGUAAGGAAUUGGAAAUACGCUGAGUCGCCACAUUUCUGAUCAUAUCGUCAAUUAUUUCCCCUCCUUUUGUAAUCAAACUAAACCAACACUCAUGUUUAACUAGUAAACUGGCACCUCGCUGCCAACUGUAACCGGUUCAUUGACAAAUACUGUUCUGCAGAUACAGUUUAGAUAGUGGCUGUUCACACAGCCUUGGGCCGCCCAGUCACUAUCUGUGGACAAACACAAAGGAAGUCAAGCUGCAACUCUGGUUAUUCUCUUGACUAUUGACCCUGUAUAAAUUUUGUCUACACUUUUAUAUCCAAACGGUAUUUAUAAUAAAAUGGUGCGAUUACUUCCGGGCCAGGAUACAAACACUUAGACCCAGAGAUUGUUCCCUUGGUAAAAAUGGUCAAAUCCUCUUUUUCUCCAUUAAACUGGUAACAACUUUAACUUGAUUUAAAUUUCCAUAGAGAAAUAGAAUAGCUUAACAUUUGGGGAAUUUAUUCUCUUUCCUGUGUUAGAGGAGAAGAUCGAUAACACGUCUGUUCAAUAUGAAGCUACAACCAGCACCCGGUUAGCUUAGCUUAGCAUAAAGACUGGAAACAGGGGGAAACAAGUAGCCUGGCUCUUUCCAAAGAAAUCUGACAACAGCACAUGCCAAAACUGAGAAUUUACGAUUUCUGAGGACUUAAAUCAAUCUUCCCCUCUAACGAGACAAGAAUCAGAGCAUUUCCCAGAAUGCAUCACUAUUUUUAUUUAACAUUUUGAUUGAUUUCAACUGUUGUUUACAGAUACAAAGCUUUUUAGGGAACUCCUCAUAAUGUCGGAGGCCUGGUUCGAUGCAGUGAGAAGAUCAGACCAGGACAACAUGAUGUAAUAAAUUGAUCAGUAAUCA